CACAUUCGGGUCAUACAAAGUAUACAUAGGUGGCCCGCAGAGAAUUGGAAGGCACAACUAUUUCUGUAUUGAGUUCGUAAGCGCACUAAGCCACACAAUCAUUGAUAUCAUUAUGAUAGAUGUCACUGCCAUGCGCUGGGUCGCGUUUGUGACCACCUUUUUGGUGGGCAUGUGCGGGCUACUGGUGUUUCCACUGAAAAAACUAGAUGCUCAGAGGCAGAACCUUGUAAUAAGCUAUUUCAAUGCUUUUGGGGCGGGUGUCAUGAUUUCCAUCGGAUUGAUUCAUUUGCUGCAUGAAGCUCAUGAAGAUUUGGAAAAAUAUUACACCUUCCCAAUGGCUUUCUUUUUGGCUGGGAUAGGAUACGGGAUCAUAUACUUCUGCGAAGAUGUCAUCCUGGUAGAGAUAGUAAACCGAUACUCAUCGGUACUCAAGGACGCCAGUUAUGAGGUACACAGUCACGGGCCAACCCAGAGGCAAUCGCAUGCUAAUACUCAUUCACACCACGAGUCUGAAUUGUGCCAUACGCAUUCCAACCCACACGGUGGACAUGCUCAUCGCAUGUCACUAGCUGGCGCUCGCAGUUACGGAUCACUUCAAGAACACCACCAUGAGCACCAUAUGCAUCAGUACGGGCCUAGUGAAACUCGGAUCCCAGAGGAAGACGAACUCUUAGGACACCCGGCCAAGUCAGCGGAUUCCGCUGCAGACGAUCUGAAUGAAAUGAGGUCGACAUUCGUCGCCUUCGCUCUGCAGUUGGUGCUCUCUGUGCAUGCCGUUUUUGAAGGUCUUGCUAUGGGAGCGUCAACUACAUCGGAAAACAUGCUGGCAGUUCUGUUGGCAAUCUUAGCACAUAAGGGCGUAGAGGCCUUUGUGAUCGGAUCAGCCUUCUUGAAAUCAACGCUAUCAAAGCGAAAUAUCUUUUUCCUGAUGCUUCUGUUUGCUUUGGCCACUCCUGCUGGUGUAAUGAUUGGAGGCAUUGCAGGUCAAGAAGGCGCCGAUGUUGCGAAAAUUAGGGGAAUUUUGGUGUCGUUGUCGGCGGGGAGUUUCAUCUACGUUGGUUCGCUUCUGCUCGAGGAUGACGACCAUGUCGGAGACUGUCAUGACCUUAAGAAGGCCGGGAGCAAAACCCGAUUCUUCCUCUGGUCGGUUGGAUUCGGGGUUUUCGCUCUCUACUCGUAUUUGAAAGGCGGAUGUCACCAUUGAACUUAGCAACAUCGUAUUAGGAAUCCCGGACCGAUCCGUUCGAAGGCAGCGGGUUAUGGGCGCCAGCAUGGGACAAGAAUGUGGUGUAGCUUAGUCGUAUGUACAUAUAAAAAAUUAGAUACCACACUGCUUGUGCUGCUUGUGACUAACUAGCAUUCGCAGCUAUAUAAACGUAUACAUCACAAGCUCAAAAUGAGCACAUUGCCGAA